GCGCAACCCUAACUGUCAUCCAAAUGAAAUGACAAAAUUGACACAAGUAAAGUAUAGCGGGGAGCCGGUUAGUUUGUUGCCCGUCGGUCGAUUGACUCGAUUGAUCGGGCAGGUCCAAUCUCAGUGGAUUCUUACAGUCUUUUAAGAAUACACACUACAUAUUUUUACUGCAAUCUACAUCGAAAAAACAACGUAUAGUGUUUAAAAAGUAAUAAGUUCUUUAUUUACUUGUGAUUUCUCCAUCAUCUAUAUAUUUGUAAAUAUAAAAUAAUAAUAUGACAAUGAAGAGGGGGUCCAAAAACAAGACAAGGAAGGAGAAAAAAGGCCCGAAGCCUCCCAGGCCAAAAGCACUGAGGAAGACUCAUGAGGAGCUUGCGCGUAUCAUGUUUGGAGAGGAACCCGAAUUUCAAGGCAUGGGCUAUUACGUACAAGACAACACUGCUCUAUUAGAUCUCCCCUAUGUGGGAAUUAAUGAUAUAAAUAGAGAUCCAAGAGACCUCGAAGUCCUGCCUUCUACAAGUCAACCACCUAUUCCACCGAUCCCCUCCCUAUUCCGGGCGCUGCCGAUACAUAAUCAAAGUGGGAAGCUGGUACUGCGAGGAUAUUUUAACGAAGAUGAUGCACUAUGUUUCCAAAGUAUGUAUCCUACCAAUGAUGAGCAAUUAAUCCUAUGGUUUUUCCAGUAUCUUGCGUUUAAAGAUCUGAAUUCCGAUUUUAAUUGGAUGAUAAGCUGCUUAGUGCCAAAGUAUGGUGAUGAGUAAAUGACCAUAGAUAUUAUUUUUAUUUACAGCAAACCCUAUGUAGUAAUCUCAUUUUAGCUCAACCUUUUUAAGCAGUCCAUGACUCGAAUUUAAAUGUAUAUGUAUAACUAAUUUAUGUAAAUCUCAGAUGGACAACAUUACCAGCCUAUUUUAAGUUAAGCUUGUAUUAAACCAUAUAAUAUAAUUACAUUUGUACAUUUUUUUUUAAGCAUUUUGUUGAAAUACUUCGCAAAAUUCUCUAAGAAUAUAAUAAGGUCUGUAUGUAAUCAUUUUAGCUAAAAUAACUCGAAUAUCUUCUUUAUUUACAAUGUAUUCUUAUAAGCGUAAUGAAUAGAUAAGUUUUAAGUUAUAGUACUUUUAAACUAAUUAGUGAUUAUCUACGUAAUAUUAUAUUCAUGUAUAAUCAGUAGAACCCAAUCAGCUAUCAAUCCUAACAAUUUAAAUUACUAUUGAAAACAGUAUCAAUAAAUUUAAAAAUGGUUUUACCUUCAGAAAUGAAAGUAAUUUAAACAGGGUGUUUUAUUUUGAGUGUCAAAUGGAUUACCCUAAUGUAGUCCAAAAAUUUUAAAAUCAAAUUUUGUUAGAACACCACGAAAUGAUGAAAAGAAAUAUUCAAUGUCAUCUGAAGACGAAAAUGGUCACAAUAAUCAUAAUUAUUGUGAUCAAUAGUAGGUGUAAGUUUUAUAUUGAACUUAUGGACUAAUAUGCACAUUGUGCAAGUGUGAUACUUAAUAGUAAGUAGUGUUUAACUGAUCUCUUGAAUUUUAAUCAUAAGUAACAAGUUUGCCCUGAAACAUCAUGUUACUUGCUAACACUUGUGCACUAUCAAAGACAACAACGUAAUUUUAAAAACAAUUUUAACUGCAAAAUAUCUUUCACAAACCUUUUUAUUUGUCAAUCAAUCAAUGUCAGUAGUCAGUAAGAAAGAAUAAUGUAGUUCUGAAUAAAAUGUAACCAAUUAUAUGUAUCUUUCCUAUGCUAUGAAUAAAUACUUCUGAAUACACAUUAUGACUGCUUACAUGAGGCAUUUAUUAUUUGUAUGCUUAUUUUAAUAAAUAAAUUAUUUGUUAAAAUGUGUUAUGUUGAAUAAGUUUAUUAUGUGUGCAUUAUGAGUUAUUUCCAAUUAGAAUCAAUUCCUUCUUGGAAUGUAGGGAGUGGAAGAUCCAGGACUUACUUUGAUGUCAAUGAUUUCCUUGUUGCCUUCAGAUAACACACUACUGUGUAAUGUGCUAUUUAUUUUUAUUAUUGCGGUAUUAUUAUUGUCAAUUAUCAAUUUUGUUAUAAUAAAUCUUUGUUUAACCAGUCUGUGUAUAGUAAUGUAGCAUCUUUAUAAAAUAUAAGUGUAUUGUAAUCCACCAUGCUAUGCAAAUAAAUGAUAUUUAUUAUGA